GCUCCUUCUUUCCGUCUCUGGCCUCCUGGGAGCGGGCGACUGCUGGCGAGGCGCGUGGAAUCUCGCGCUGGUACCCCUUGGUCUCCUCUCCCGGCCCGGGCCCCCCCAGAGUUCGCUGACGCCGGGUGAGCUGACCCUGCCGCCAAGAUGCCGGCCUAUUUUCAGAGGCCGGAAAAUGCUCUCAAACGCGCCAACGAGUUUCUUGAGGUUGGCAAAAAGCAGCCUGCUUUGGACGUUCUUUAUGAUGUUAUGAAAAGUAAGAAACAUCGAACAUGGCAGAAGAUACAUGAGCCAAUUAUGUUGAAAUACUUGGAACUCUGUGUGGAUCUUCGCAAGAGCCACUUGGCUAAGGAAGGAUUAUACCAGUAUAAGAAUAUUUGCCAACAGGUGAACAUCAAAUCUCUAGAGGAUGUUGUUAGGGCAUAUUUGAAACUGGCAGAAGAAAAGACUGAGGCUGCUAAAGAAGAAUCCCAGCAGAUGGUCUUAGAUAUAGAAGAUCUGGAUAAUAUUCAAACUCCUGAGAGUGUUCUCCUGAGUGCUGUAAGUGGUGAAGACACUCAGGAUCGUACUGACAGAUUACUUUUAACUCCAUGGGUAAAAUUCCUAUGGGAAUCAUACAGACAGUGUUUAGACCUCCUUCGAAACAAUUCUAGAGUAGAGCGUCUCUACCAUGAUAUCGCCCAACAAGCUUUCAAAUUCUGCCUCCAAUAUACUCGUAAGGCUGAAUUCCGUAAGCUGUGUGACAAUUUGAGAAUGCACUUGUCACAGAUUCAACGCCACCAUAACCAAAGUACAGCAAUCAAUCUUAAUAAUCCAGAGAGCCAGUCCAUGCAUUUGGAAACCAGGCUUGUUCAGUUGGACAGUGCCAUCAGCAUGGAAUUGUGGCAGGAAGCUUUCAAAGCUGUGGAAGACAUUCAUGGGCUAUUCUCCUUGUCUAAAAAACCACCUAAACCUCAGUUGAUGGCAAAUUACUAUAACAAAGUCUCAACUGUGUUUUGGAAAUCUGGAAAUGCACUUUUUCAUGCAUCUACACUCCAUCGUCUUUACCACUUAUCUAGAGAAAUGAGGAAGAAUCUUACCCAAGAAGAGAUGCAACGAAUGUCUACUAGAGUCCUUUUGGCCACUCUGUCCAUCCCUAUUACCCCUGAGCGUACUGAUAUAGCUCGUCUUCUUGAUAUGGAUGGCAUUAUAGUUGAAAAACAGCGUCGCCUUGCAACACUACUAGGUCUUCAGGCCCCACCAACACGAAUUGGCCUUAUUAAUGAUAUGGUCAGAUUCAACGUACUACAAUAUGUUGUCCCAGAAGUGAAAGACCUUUACAAUUGGCUGGAAGUAGAAUUUAACCCACUCAGACUCUGUGAGAGAGUCACAAAGGUUCUAAAUUGGGUCAGAGAACAACCUGAAAAGGAACCAGAGUUGCAACAGUAUGUCCCACAACUCCAAAACAAUACAAUACUCCGUCUUCUGCAGCAGGUUGCACAAAUUUAUCAGAGCAUUGAGUUUUCUCGUUUGACUUCGCUCGUUCCUUUUGUCGAUGCUUUCCAACUGGAACGGGCCAUUGUGGAUGCAGCCAGGCACUGUGAUCUGCAGGUUCGCAUUGACCACACUUCUCGGACCCUUAGUUUUGGAUCUGAUUUGAAUUAUGCCACCCGAGAAGAUGCUCCAAUUGGUCCUUAUCUGCAAAGUAUGCCUUCAGAGCAGAUAAGAAAUCAGCUGACAGCCAUGUCCUCAGUACUUGCAAAAGCACUUGAAGUCAUUAAGCCAGCUCAUAUACUGCAAGAAAAAGAAGAACAGCAUCAGUUGGCUGUUACUGCAUACCUUAAAAACUCAAGAAAAGAGCAUCAGCGUAUCUUGGCUCGCCGUCAGACAAUUGAGGAAAGGAAAGAGCGACUUGAAAGUCUGAAUAUUCAGCGUGAGAAAGAAGAACUAGAGCAGAGGGAAGCUGAACUCCAGAAAGUGCGCAAGGCUGAAGAAGAGAGAUUGCGACAGGAGGCAAAGGAAAGAGAGAAGGAGCGGAUUUUACAGGAACAUGAACAAAUCAAAAAGAAAACUGUUCGUGAGCGUUUGGAGCAGAUCAAGAAAACAGAAUUGGGUGCCAAAGCAUUCAAAGAUAUUGAUAUUGAAGACCUUGAAGAAUUGGAUCCAGAUUUCAUCAUGGCUAAACAAGUAGAACAACUGGAAAAAGAAAAGAAGGAACUUCAGGAACGCCUGAAAAAUCAAGAAAAGAAGAUUGACUAUUUUGAAAGAGCUAAACGUUUGGAAGAAAUCCCUUUGAUAAAGAGUGCUUAUGAAGAACAGAGAGUUAAAGACAUGGAUCUGUGGGAACAACAAGAAGAAGAAAGAAUUACAACUAUGCAACUGGAACGUGAAAAGGCUCUUGAACAUAAGAAUCGAAUGUCACGAAUGCUUGAAGACAGAGAUUUAUUUGUAAUGCGACUCAAGGCCGCACGACAGUCUGUUUAUGAGGAGAAACUUAAACAGUUUGAAGAGCGACUUGCAGAAGAAAGGCAUAGUCGCUUGGAAGAGCGUAAAAGACAACGUAAAGAAGAACGCAGAAUAACUUACUAUAGAGAAAAAGAGGAAGAGGAGCAGAGGAGGGCUGAAGAGCAAAUGCUAAAAGAGCGUGAAGAGAGAGAACGUGCUGAACGAGCAAAACGUGAGGAAGAGCUACGAGAAUAUCAGGAGCGUGUCAAGAAAUUAGAAGAAGUAGAAAGGAAAAAACGCCAGAGGGAGUUGGAAAUUGAAGAACGAGAACGUCGUAGAGAGGAAGAGAGAAGACUUGGUGAUGAUCCACUUUCUAGAAAGGACUCUCGUUGGGGAGAUUCAGAAGGCACAUGGCGAAAAGGGCCUGAAGUGGAGUCUGAGUGGAGAAGAGGCCCACCGGAAAAGGAGUGGAGACGUGGAGAAGGGCGGGAUGAGGAGAGGCCUCUUAAAAGAGAUGAAGAUCGACCUAGACGCCUGGGGGAUGAUGAAGAAAGAGAGUCUUCUCUGAGACUGGAUGAUGACCGGAUUCCCCGGCGUGGCAUGGAUGAUGACAGAGGCCUUAGACGAGGUCCCGACGAAGAACGCUUCUCCCGCCGCGGGGCAGAUGACGAUAGGCCUCCCAGACGAAUUGGCGAUGAAGACAGGGGAAGCAGCUGGCGUCAUGCAGAUGACGACAGACCUCCUAGAAGGGGACUGGAUGAGGACAGAGGAAGCUGGCGAACAGCUGAUGAAGACAGAGGACCAAGACGUGGGAUGGAUGAGGACCGGGGGCUGCGGCGAGGUGCUGAUGAUGAGCGGUCAUCCUGGCGCAAUGCUGAUGAUGACCGGGGUCCCAGACGGGGCAUGGAUGAUGACCGGGGUCUCAGGCGUGGGUUGGAUGAUGACCGGGGUCCCAGGCGUGGGUUGGAUGAUGACCGAGGUCCCAGGCGUGGGUUGGACGAAGACCGGGGUCCCAGGCGCAUAUUGGAUGAUGACCGGGGUCCCAGGCGUGGGUUGGAUGAUGAUCGAGGACUUUGGAGGAAUCCCGAUGAUGAUAGAAUUUCCAGGCGCGGUGCAGAUGAUGAUAGGGGGCCUCGGCGAAACAUGGAUGAUGAUCGGCCCUCCCGACGGGCUGAUGAUGAUCGGAUUCCCAGACGGGGCGAUGACUCGAGACCUGGUCUCUGGAGACCAUUUGGGAAGCCAGGUGGAUGGAGAGAGAGAGAAAAAGCCAGAGAAGACAGUUGGGGUCCACCUCGAGAUUCAAGACCCUCAGAAGACCGUGAAUGGGAUAGAGAAAAGGAAAGGGAUAGAGAUAAUCAAGAUCGUGAUGAGAACGACAAAGACCCUGAGAGAGAAAGGGACAGAGAAAGAGACAGAGAGAGAGAUGGGGAUCGAGAGGAUCGCUUCAGACGGCCUAGGGAUGAAGGUGACUGGAGGAGAGGACCAGCGGAAGAAUCUUCUAGCUGGAGAGAUUCAAGUCGCCGUGAUGAUUGGGACAGGGAUGACCGUCGUCGAGAGAGAGAGGAUCGCCGUGAUUUAAGAGAAAGGCGUGACGACAGGGACCGAAGAGGACCUCCCCUCAGAUCAGACCGAGAAGAAGUAAGUUCUUGGAGACGCACUGAUGACAGAAAAGAUGACCGGGCGGGAGACCGGGAUGGUCCUCGUCGUGCUCCUCCCCCAGCUCUUUCAAGAGAUCGAGAAAGAGACCGAGAAAGAGAAGGUGAAAAAGAGAAGGCCUCAUGGAGAGUUGAGAAAGAUAGGGAAACCCUCCGUCGUACUAAAAAUGAGACUGACGAAGAUGGAUGGACCACAGUACGACGUUAAGUCUCAAGAUAAUGGAUUCAAACUCAUGUCUUACAUAGGUUUGAUCACAUUCAAGGAUUAUUAUACUUGUGCUUCAACCAAUCUAAAUUGGAUUCUGUAACUAAUGUUAUUUCACCAUAACACAAAAGCAUGAACUUGUAUUAAUCUUACUAUAUAAUAGAUUGAUCAUGCACCAUAUCCACAGAAGGUUGGAAAACCAUGCCAUUUUCUGAAAUUUAAGGUGUUGCAUUAUUUCACCAAUCAUUUGUUUACAAAAAAGAAAAACUAAAAAAUAAAUUUAAAAUGUGAAUCCUUCAGGUAUUGAGUAACACCUAUAUCUUACUUAUAGAGCUGAUCUUUUUCUUUUGAUUUUGAAAUAUGUAACAUUAAUUUGAAAUGAAGUAAGGUUCUGUUACAGAAAAUGUAUUUGAAGACUCAAUGCAGUGGAGCUGAAACAAUUUUUACACCAUUAGCUGUUGAAACAUACCUCUUUAGUUAUUUUGAGGUAUUUACUAUUAACUAAAUUUAGAAAGUUUUUAAGUUCACUAUAAGUGCAGUAAACAUUACAAAUAUUGGAUACAGUGGGAUUUUCUGUUGAUUUUACUUGAGUGCAGGUGAGUAUAAAGCAAUUCGCAGUCAUUAUGGUAAUGACAAGAAAACUGCUAAAGUGUGACUCGGAAACAUGCAGCUUUUAAAUUUUAAAGCAUUUGGUCAACUAUUGCUGAGGUUUUUUUUUGUUGUUGCCAGUAGCGAACUGCUUUUCCAUUAAUGGAGAAUUCAUGCCUUUCAAGCAUUUUAAAUAUGACAAUAUUUAUAAAUGUGUGGUUUGGAGGAAAUGUUUAAAUUCAUUUUCCUAAUUUUCUCUUCAGGAUAGAUUCUUUCAACAAGUACUUUGUAGUAAUGACUGUGUUGACUUCAAUUUUGGAGUGUAGUAGCUAUAUGUUAAAGAUGAACUAUUUGGUCUUGUUGAAGCCAACACAGAACUUGCUGUUUUUUUUGUUUUUUUUUUUUUUCCCCAGUGAUAAAUAAAAUAACUUACAGAAUUUGUUUUAGUGUUGAUUUGCGGUAAUAAAGUGUUUUGUUUA